GACAAUCGCCGUUAUGGUGUGGAUCCGUUUUCCAGGUCCAUCCGAAUGGACGAGAGCGUUGCUGAUCUGUAGUCUCAUCCAUCGCGCAAGCUGCCCACACCCCGACACCCCAUAACCUUGAAGCCGUAGCUUAUUCAGCUUGAGAUUGCGAGUUUUUGCAUCGAUAUCUGUAGGUUAGAACCCGCUUGUGUUUUGCGGGAUUUCGAAGACUUCUGAUUCUGUGACUGGGUUCUGGGGUUAAGCAUGGCCACCAUCCAGUCGAUUAAGGCUCGCUCCAUUUUCGACAGCCGUGGCAACCCCACUGUUGAGGCAGACAUUCUCUUGUCCGAUGGAUCGUGGUACAGAGCGGCAGUCCCCAGCGGUGCUUCCACCGGCGUUUACGAGGCUUUGGAGUUGAGAGACGGAGGGAAGGACUACAUGGGGAAGGGUGUCCAGAAGGCUGUGGACAACGUGAACAACAUUAUCGGCCCUGCCCUUGUCGGAAAGGACCCUACAGAUCAAACUGGAAUUGACAACUUCAUGGUUCAUGAACUUGACGGUACCCAGAACGAGUGGGGGUGGUGCAAGCAGAAGUUGGGAGCCAAUGCUAUUUUAGCAGUGUCACUGGCUGUGUGCAAGGCUGGUGCUGGAGUGUUAAAGACUCCACUUUACCAGCACAUUGCCAACCUGGCUGGCAACAAGGAAAUUGUGAUGCCAGUGCCUGCCUUCAACGUGAUCAAUGGUGGAUCUCAUGCUGGCAACAAGCUCGCCAUGCAGGAGUUCAUGAUCCUGCCAACUGGCGCGUCGUCCUUCACGGAAGCCAUGAAGAUUGGCUCUGAAGUUUACCACAACUUGAAGGCUGUGAUCAAGAAGAAGUACGGACAAGAUGCCACCAACGUUGGGGAUGAGGGUGGUUUUGCUCCUAACAUUCAGGAUAACAGAGAAGGUCUGGAACUGUUGAAGACUGCCAUAGCGAAGGCAGGCUACACCGAUAAGGUGGUGAUCGGGAUGGAUGUAGCUGCGUCUGAGUUCUACAACGAGAAGGAGAAGACCUAUGAUCUCAACUUCAAAGAAGAUAACAACGACGGCAGCUCAAAGCUGAAUGGAGACGAAUUCAUUAAGUUGUACGAGUCUUUUGUGGAGGAGUACCCUAUUCUCUCGAUUGAGGACCCCUUUGACCAAGAUGACUGGGCUCAUUACAGCAAGAUUAACGAGCUGAUGGGCGACAAGGUGCAAAUCGUCGGUGACGACUUGCUGGUCACUAACCCAAAGCGUGUGGCUCAUGCCAUCCAGCACAAGGCAUGCAACGCCCUUCUUCUGAAGGUGAACCAGAUUGGGUCAGUUACAGAAAGUAUCGAAGCUGUGGUUAUGGCGAAGAAAGCGGGGUGGGGUGUGAUGACGAGCCACCGCAGUGGAGAGACGGAGGACAGCUUUAUUGCAGACCUUGCCGUGGGGCUUUCAACAGGUCAAAUCAAGACCGGAGCGCCAUGCCGAUCUGAGAGAUUGUCCAAGUACAACCAGCUUCUGAGGAUUGAGGAGGAGCUUGGUGACAAGGCUGUCUAUGCCGGUCUCAAGUUCCGCAAGCCUGCUGAGCCAUACUAGAGCUCUGGUAUCUGGUUAGUAUCUUAUUGUUUGUUUUUGAGAGAGGCAUGAGCUAGAUUGUAAUCGUAAAACGGUGCUGCUGAUAGGCUAAGGUGUCCUGCAGCCCACAUGAGGAUCGAUGAAUGAAUGAAUCAGUCAAUUACGAAAUUUUAAUUUCAUUUUUAGAAAAGUUGUCUUUUAAA